AUAAAAAGAGAGGUGAAGCAAAAAAUUUUUACUCAUAAAAAAACAAUAUAGCUAUAGAGAGAAGAAUAUGAGUUGUAGUAUUAGUAGGUCUACAAAGUGGUAUUGUUUUCUUCACUUUUUUUUAUCUAAGGAUUGUUGCUGUCUCCUUAGAUAAAUAAAAUUCUUCUUGGUGUUUUCUGGGAAUUUAUUCUAUAAUUUUUAUUUUUUAAAGAGACAAGAAAGCAAGGAAAAUCAAACAUAUAUAUAGCUUCAAGAUUUGCAAAAAAAAAAAAAAAUAUGGCUGCUUCUUCUUCAUCUACACCUUUCUUGGAAAUCAGACAAGAAAUUCAUCAAAGUCAGAUUACACAAAAUCAAUCUUCCACAGCUGCUUCUUCAUCAACUGUUUUGCCUCAGAAAAAAAGGAGGAAUCAACCUGGAACACCAUAUCCAGAUGCAGAGGUGAUAGCACUAUCUCCAAAGACACUAAUGGCAACAAAUAGAUUUGUAUGUGAAGUGUGUCAAAAAGGGUUUCAAAGGGAACAAAAUUUGCAACUACACAGAAGAGGACACAACUUGCCUUGGAAGUUAAAGCAAAAAAGUAACAACAAAGAAGCAAAGAGAAAGGUUUAUUUGUGUCCAGAGGCAACAUGUGUUCAUCAUGAUCCUUCAAGAGCACUUGGUGAUUUGACUGGAAUUAAGAAACAUUAUUAUAGAAAACAUGGUGAGAAAAAAUGGAAAUGUGAAAAGUGUUCUAAAAAGUAUGCUGUUCAAUCUGAUUGGAAAGCUCAUUCUAAAACUUGUGGCACUAGAGAGUAUAGAUGUGACUGUGGCACUCUCUUCUCCAGGCGUGAUAGUUUCAUCACACAUAGAGCCUUUUGUGAUGCCCUAGCACAUGAAAAUUCAAGACACCCUUCAAACAUGAACCCUUUAGGAGGAACUCAUCAUCAUCAUCUAUUUGCCACAAACCACAUGAGUUUAGGGUUAUCCCAAUUAACCUCUCAACUUCAUCAUCAAAACCAAAACCAAAACCAACAACCAACCACAAACAACAUCUUAACCCUAGGAGGAGGACCCAACCCUACUUGUACACCAAAAUAUGAACACUUAAUUUCACAUCCAUCUUCAUCAUCAUUUGGUCAACAACAAUCACCACAAUCACCUUUCUUCAUCAAUGAUCAUCAUCAUCCAAAUCAAACUUUCCAAGACCUUCAAUCUCAUCAAACCCUACCAUUCUCAAACAAACAACAACAACAACUUCAUUUGCAUGGCCUCAUGCAACUUUCUCAUGAUCUUCAAGGACCAAACAAUAACAACACAAACUCUUCAUCAUCACUUUCACCUUUUAAUCUAAGCUUCUUCCCAAAUAACAAUAGUAACACAAUGAAUGAUCAAUUCAACAACAACAUAAGUGAAUCAGAAGCAACAACACUCUUCACCAAUACUCAUAAUCAUCAUGGUUCAAGUUUUUCUUCAAUCUUUGCAAAUUCAUCUAUGCAACAACAAGAGAACAUGUCAUUGUCAUCACCACACAUGUCAGCAACUGCAUUGCUACAAAAAGCUGCUCAAAUAGGUUCAACAACAACAACAAAUGGUGUUGAGUCAAAUCAAACUCUUGCUACAUAUGGAAAUGAUGAUCAUAGUAGAAGAGAUCAAGGAAUAAUAAGAACAAUAAGCAUGGAGAAUGAUCAACACCAUCAUGAACAUCUACAUGGAUUGAUGAACUCUUCAAUAUAUGGGAAUCAUGAUAACAACAUUGCUCAAUUUCACAAUGUAGAAGAAGCUAAAAAGAUGUCACAACAAAACCUAGGUGAUUUGUGCUUUGGAGGGUCAGAUAAAUUGACUUUGGAUUUUCUUGGUGUUGGAGGAAUGGUGAGAAACAUGAGUAGUAGUACUAGUGGUGGAGGAUUUUCACAAAGAGAUCAACAAUUACACUCCAUCAGUAACAUCAACAAUAUGGAUCCUAAAUUGGAAUCAACACAACCAAAUCAACCUUUUUGAAGCUCAAACACUUGAAUAAGCUGUUGGUGAGAUCAUAGAUUACUUAGGCAGCAAAAAAAAAAUGUUUAUUAUCAUUAUAUGUAUUAAUUAGUUUAUUAUAUAAGCACUCCAAAAACUUUCUUUUUACUUUUCUUUUCCAAUUGACAAUUGGUAUAUUAAAGUAUUAUCAAUGUUAAAAUGUUCGACUUCACUCUAA